AUGAAUAAUGAAGUUAGGAAACAAGAAUAUGAAUAUUUUGAUUAUCAACAGUUGAAAUAUGGAAAAAUUAAUAGAUUACCUUUGAAAAUUAAUAAAUUUAUGUAAAAAUAUAUUAAUUUAAACAGUCACGAUCCAAAAGAGAAUGCAGAGAGAAACAAUAAGUUGUGUAAAAAGAAAGUCUUAGCUUGAUUAUAUUUAUAAUAAUAAAAUUUGUUCCAGAAUUUCUAUGGUUUAUUUAGGGAUGUUCAGAUGGAAUAAUAAUAAUGAAAAAUCAUUAUGACACUUUGGGCUUAGAGAGAGAUGCUAAACCUAACCAAAUAAAGUCGGCAUAUCAUAAAUUGGCCCUUUAGUGGCAUCCAGUAUUAACUUGCUGAUGUCUUUUUAGGAUAAGAAUAGUGAUUUUGGGGCAACACAUUAAUUUAACUAAAUAAACGAAGCCUAUACUACCCUAUCCAAAGAAGAAUUGAAAUAAAAAUACGACAGAAACCUCUAAACGAGAGAUAAUUUCUAUGAAUUGUUAAACUAAAUGAAAUACUAACAAGAAGAACCAAAUUUAAAAUAUGAUAUUAGAGAUGAUUUUAUAUCCAAAGAGGAUCGAGAAUUCAUAAGAAAUUUUUCAAAUAAACAAGAAACAGAAUAAAUUAAAAAAAAAAGAAUAAGAAAAAAAAAAUGA